AUGUCUGCACGCCCUCAUCGCCGGUUCCAAAAGAACACUCAUUCACGCAAGAUAUUUCAGGCUAAUCUAAUUCCUUGUCCUCAUGCUGGCUGGCAAAUCUGCGAUGAACAUGGACAGUUCAUCCACCCAGAUGCUCCGCCACCUCCAUUCACACCAAGAGAGCAUGGUGACUGGAUACCGUUUUGUGAUCGCACAGAGUUCGAGACUGCCGAGUUUUUAUAUAUGAAAAAUCAAAUGUCUGGCGGUGAUAUUGACAAGCUUAUAGACACCCCACCAUUCACUGACCACAAAGACUUGUAUUCAACCAUCAAUGUGAUACCCCUUGGAGAAGUCGCAUGGGAGAGCUUCACAAUGAAGUUUAAUGGAGAAGGCUCAGAUGAGAUGGAGUACAUGCCUUAUCGUGAAUGGAAGGGAGAGGGAGGUGACACAAAACGGCAGUGGCGCAAUGUCAUGUCGGGAGACUGGGCAUGGAAUCAAGCUGAUGAAAUCACCAAAGAUCCAGCAACACAUGGUUCGACUUUCGUACCCAUCCUUCUUGGAAGCGAUAAGACAACAGUCUCAGUCGCAACCGGACAAAAUGAUUAUUAUCCACUCUAUGCAUCAAUUGGCAAUGUACAGAAUAAUGUUCGCCGCACUCAUCACAAUGCUGUCGCUGUUGUUGGCUUUUUAGCUAUACCAAAGACUACCUUCAUGACUGUUCCUGAGGUCGUGCACUUUGGGGACAGUCACUUUCAACGCGUCAUUUAUGGCUUAGGACCAUACAUUGCGGAUUAUCCAGAACAGGUCAUACUUUCUUGUAUCAUAUCAAAUUGGUGUGCUAAAUGUUUUGCUUUGCCAGCAGAUCUAGAUGGCAAAGAUGCCCAACUUCAUGCUCAAAUAGUCACAGACGUCCUUUGUAAUAAUGUCGACUUUAGUACACUGUGGUAUCAGUGGGGUGUUGACGCUGAUGUUGUGCUGUUCAUGAACGAUUAUCCACGCACCAACAUUCACAAACUUCUGUCCCCCGAUAUCCUGCAUCAACUUAUCAUGGGUACAUUCAAAGACCACCUUGUCGUCUGGGCCAAGAAGUAUUUAGAACGCAUACAUGGAAAAACUUGUGCUAAGGUGGUAAUGGAUGACAUAGAUAGAAGAAUUGCUGCAGCACCAUCAUUUGUGGGCCUUUGCCGGUUUCCUCAAGGCCGUGGAUUCACUCAAUGGACUGGCAACGAUUCAAAGGCCUUAAUGAAGGUCUACUUGCCUGCAAUCAAAGGACAUGUCCCCGAUGUCAUUGUCCGCGCCUUCCUUGAAUUUUGCUACCUUGUACGACAGGAUAUCAUCACGGAGAACACACUUGAGGAAAUUAAGGAGGCCCUUGACCGCUUUCACUGUUAUCACAAGAUUUUUCAAGAGACCGGUGUUCAUUUUGAUGGAUUCUCACUACCACAUCAGCAUUCUCUGGUGCAUUAUAUUACACUUAUCCACAUGUUCGGUGCACCAAAUGGUGUGUGUUCAUCCAUAACAGAGUCAAAACACAUCAAGGCCGUCAAAGAACCAUGGCGACGAUUGAGUAAAUUUAAUGCACUCGGACAGAUGUUGCUAACAAACCAGCGCCUUGAUAAACUUGCUGCUGCAUGUACAGACUUCAUGGCACGUGAAAUGUUAGGUCCACAUCCUGAACACAAACGAGCAUGCACCAUUCAUGUGCUGGCAGAAGAACUCGAUGUACUGAACUUGCCCCAACUGGUCCGCCUUUUUCUCUAUGACCAACUCCUCACAGAUGAUGAACAUACGUCUGAUACCAUCCUGCUUAGUGCUUGCCCCAGAUUUGAAGGCCAUGUCAAGGUUUUUGGAUCUGCAGUAUCUACUUUCUUUGCACCAAGUGAUCCCAGUGGUAUUGGGGGAAUGCGACGCAAACAUAUCCAUUCUGUCCCUUCAUGGCAUGGAGGUCCAGGAUGCUACAACACUGUAUUUGUGAACACUGGAAGUGAGGAUGGAAUACACAGUAUGGAUGUUGUCCGUGUGCUAUGUUUUUUUUCCUUCCAUUAUGGCCGUGAUUUGGAGACUUUUCCGUGUGCUCUGGUACACUGGUUUAAGCUUGUCUCUGACAAGCCCGAUCCUGGAAAUGGAAUGUGGAUGGUCAAGCCAUCCUUUCUCGACUUGGAGCUCGACACUCAGGAGCUCUCAAUCAUUCACAUUGACGUGAUCAUUCAUGCAGCUCACUUGCUGCCCAUCUUUGGCGAGGAAUUUGUCCCACAGAAAGUUACAUUCCAUGAGACUCUAGAUACUUACUGCGGGUUCUAUGUUAACAAAUUCGCAGAUCAUCAUUCUUUUGAAAUAGUGUCUUGA